AAAAAAAGGAAACUUGAAAACUGCAGCUGUUUUCCGCUUCCUGUGUUUACUUUCACUUCUGUGCGUUGCUCCGUCAGAAGAUGGAUGAGAUAUCAUCUAGUGCAGGCAGCACCGCGGUCCCUUCUGCCAACGUUCCACCUCUGAGGAAAGGCGAGAGCUUCCACGUCUUCAUCAGCUACAGCAGCACCGACUACCAGUGGACGCAUGGGCUCAUUGAGCAGCUGGAAGCCCAAAGCCUACACGUCUGCUACCACGAGCGCGACUUCACGCCGGGACGCACGGUGUUGGAGAACAUGUCCGAGUGCAUCCAGGAGAGCCAGAAAGUCCUGCUGGUCCUCAGCUCAGAGUUUGUGAGGAGCCGCUGGUGUCUCCUGGAGGCCAACAUGUCUCUGUUCCGAGACUGCCUGGAGAGGAAGCCUAUCGUCCCCGUGCUCCUGGAGCCGGACAUCUGCGUCCCGCUCCACCUGUGUCACCUCACCUACCUGGAAGCCCAUAAUCCAGAAUUCUUGGCCAAGCUACUGAAGGUGCUCUUCACCCCCAACCGGCAGCUCCAAGGCUCCACAGUGGUUCCCUACCAGCCGCCGUCCAUCUACAACGGGAAGGCCCUGCAGCCUUUAACUGCCGUGAACGUGGAAAGUCUUCAGGCGUGGGACGCCGGCCAGUUCAGUGAGAUGGACGUUCCGGACCAACUGCGCCUGAUCAUUGAAGACCAAACCAAUUACAAGGAGGCCAUUGGCAUCAUCAACAGCGUGUCUCCUAAGAAAGUGUGGCUGCGGCCACUCUGGAAGAGGGUGAUGUUCUAUGUUACCGGGGUGACUGUCUUUUUGGGGUUAUUCACAAUGUUUUUUUAUUUGACAGUGUGCGCUAUGCAUAUUUUCCCCAUAAGCCCCACCUACAAUUCCAUAGGAGAGCGGGCCAUAACCAUCCUAGGUUUCUUCUCCGUUCCAAUCAGCUUGCUCGUUCACCUUGCUCUUUGGAAGCUCGAUGACCAGAAGUACGUCGUGAGGGAGAUGCAAAAAGCUGCGGGUCAAGCCAACGCAAUCCUCAGCAAGGAGAAGCUCCUGAUGGGUUGUCAGUCCAAUUCCGUCAUUUAUCUGACCUACAUUUCCCUGGACGCUUGCAAAGGGGAAUUUGCGGACACGUUUCAGCAUCCGGCCAGCGCGGAGAAGCUCUUUAAAUUAGCUCUAGUCCAGUUCUCCUCAGGGUACGCCUGCUGCCUUGCUAAGCGGCACUUCCCCUUUCCACAGCCUUGCCCCGGCCCGGCUCAUUUGGAGGGAGGGGUGUGUUUUUGUCAGUAUGUUUCCCAGCAACUGAGCCGAGGAGAGUGGAAGUGAAAGUAUUGCGAAUACCAGGCAGACCAAGCAUUUGGUAUCUUGACUCAUAAAUCAAAUAUUUUUGGGAAGAGGAGACAAAAAUGGACAUGACACUGAAGACAGUAUACUGAUAUGUCUGCAAGAUUUUUUUUAACUUUCUGAUUAUGCAUUGUACUGCAGUAACCUCUCUAGGGUUUAUGUCUGAAGAUUGACUUGCACCGCUGUCAAACUCAAGGCCCCGGGGCCAGUUCUGUCCUGCCUCAAUACAAAAUCAUGUACAUAGAUGUCUUGUUUCUUGUUCAAGUCUGUACCAAAAUUGCCUAACAUUAAAAUGUAGCACACUCUUUUGUAAUUCCUUUUCAAAAUAAAUUGAACAAAUGCUGAAAAAAUUC